AUGAAAUUCAUCAGUUUUAUUUGUCAACAAAAGGAACAACCCUCGUCUCCUGGUCGGACGCCUAUAUUGAGACGACUCGAGUUGUCCCAAGUGUCGACGGAAGUGAUCGCAUUGAUCAACCCUGAUCACCACACAUUCGAUCACAUUGAGGUCAACAUUUCAAGAAAGAAGAAGUCAAUCAACUUUUGCAAUAAUUGGCAGACGAUUCCACCACUCAAUUUCAACUUCAAUUCAAAACCUGCAAUUUUCAAAAGAUCUGUAAAAUCUGGAAAUCUACGAUUGGCGAUAAAAUACGACCCGAAAACCGGCUACACCUGCUCCACGGACAACUAUGAGGACUGCUUACAACCCUGUCUUGAUGUUAUCGCCACGAUUCAGUUGCCGUGGUGGAAUUGCAGUGGUCAAUUUGAACGAACGUUCAUUGAAAGUGAGACAACACACUGAUCAUCGAGUUUUCAACAAGAACCUCGUGGUGAAAUUGUGUAGAGAUGUACAGAGAUUGGGGACGAAUAACGGGAAUCUGCAAUCUUUUUUCCCCGAAUAUGUGAUUUUUGGAGGGAAUCGUCGCUGAUUUUCAUUUCCUUGAUGAGGAAUUUGAUCCGUAUGAGAUCUUCACCCGAAAUCGUGUGUGCAUCAUGGAUGCAAAAUGGGUCACUCUCUAUCAUCUCAAGUCGCUCAAAUUUAUUCGGCUCGUGCUGUACGAUUCCAUGCUAACAGAAAGAGACGUGAACGAGUUCGUCAAGCACUGGCUCAAUGAAAAAUGGGUACAAUUGCACAGAUUUGAGAUUCGUCACACUAGUCGUGGGGAAUUUGAUUUAGAAGUGCUGAAAUUGGGAUUAAAUGUGAAGAAAUGGAAUAAAAAUCUCAGAAAUGGAUGUUAUAUAAUGGACAGUCAUGAAAAUCCCUUUCUCCUGGACACUCGUAAAGACCUCGAUGUGAUUAAAUCCGACGGAACGCUUGCAACGAUUGUGAAUAGACCUGAUACAUUUCAGUUCAUUGUCUGGAG